GCCCUUCGUCGGGGUCGGUAGUAAGCGCUGCUCUAAAAUACGCAGAAACUCGAAUUCCGUCCUCAUCCUCUUCAACACGAAUUCUUUGUAUCCUAAAUGAUACAGCCAGAAAUUAUGGGAGCACAUUAUUAUCUGAUGAAUGGUUAUUAGAAAAUGAUUUGAUGGACGAAGAAAACAUAAGAAAAAUUGAAUAUCAAAGGAUCGAAAAAUAUCGGGCUGCAAGUGUAGAAGAUUUACAACUCCCUGCCGCAGUAACUGUAUCUCCAAAUUCAGCAUUAUCACACGCAAUAGAAUUAAUGAUGGAACGAGAAUUUUCGCAGCUACCAGUUGUGAACGAAAAUCGUAAAUUACUUGGUUACGUAUCGUUGGCGUCUCUACAAGAUCAUAUUGAUGCGGGCGACGCCUUGCCAUCAGAAAAAAUUGAAAGAUGGAUGUUCACGUUUGGAUCGAAUAAUGGCAGUGAUGGCGGUGAUAAGAAUGGGAGUAAGGGCAGUACAGCAGGAGUAAAACGGAGAAAGAAGUACCAAUUGAUCACCCCAGAUACCCCGCUGAUGGAGUUGGCGAAAUUUUUUGAGAACCAUAGUUUUGCGGUGGUUACUGAUUUCGAAAGGAAAUUUGUGUUGG